AUAACUGUAUUUAUGUUCAGGUUAAGUUGCUAAUUGAUGGACAAACUUUGCUGGACUUUGCCACGAGUUUCUGCCGUUGUUCCGCGGGACGAUGAUAAUGGGCGGCGGAGUAGUUGAUCUUUGGUGCGGGCAUAAUCACUUCCGUUUAACUGGUACCAGAACCGGCAGUGUGGAACUAUCACCCGCCCCAGUUCCGUUGGCUUUCGGAGUGGAGUGGUGGGGAAACGGAUUUUACGACCUCGGUUGGGAGGACCCGGCGGGAGGCCAUCCGGAUGGGGUGAAGAUAAAGGGGGACAGGAACCGAAGGCUGACUUCCGAGCCGCGUGCUGUUGAGGAACAAGUCAUUGGUCAGGCGGGAGCUCUUGCGAAGGGCUUCUUGUUGACGCUGCGGAACGUGCUGGUCAAUCUUGUCCAGCUAAUGCCGAAGAUUCUGCGCGUCCUGCUACGCGACAGCUCCACCAACAGCGCCAUAGUGGAGCUGCUCCCCGCGCUGCAAAAGUUUACCUCUGACACCACGAUCUGCAAGCGCAAGAAGCCUAACGGUAUUGAUUGGGCACUUGCACCACGAGAGACGACGUUCGUGGACUGUUUGGUGUGGCAAACGCACCCGCAGUUUCAGGACCUGGCAAGCGGAAUCAAGCGGACGUGUGUCUACGGAGCAGGAGUGGGACGUUAGUAUUAGGACGACGCCGAUAACGUCGGUGCUGUCGGACGGAAAGAUAAAUGUGUUAGAUAUGCCGGGGCACGUAAACUUUUCGGACGAGAAGAUGUUGUCGCAAGUCGUCGGGGAUGUGGACACGACGCUGGCGGACAAG